GUCUCGCAGCACACACCAGCCGAAUUAUAUAUUCGCCCUCCCAACAUGCCCCUGGAUCUCUCAUCUGAAGACUCAAUAGUCCACCUCUCUCUCCCCUCUGGCUCAGCGACGGCAGACGUCCUCCUCUUCGGGGCUACGGUCAUCUCCUUCAAGACCGGCCAAAAGGAGCGCCUCUUUCUCUCCUCCGCCUGCCCGCUGGACGGGUCCUCCGCCGUACGAGGAGGUAUCCCACUCAUUUUUCCCGUCUUUGGUCCCGCCUCGGACCAUAAGGAUAAUCACGGGCUGGAGAAGGUGCCGAGGCAUGGCAUCGCGAGGACCGCGAUGUGGAAAUUGAGGAGCGAGGUUGGGGCAAAGGAGGAUGGAAAGGACGACAGUGGGGAGGAGCAGGUCACAGCAAGCUUUGCGCUGAGCUCGAAGGAUGUCAAAGGGAUUGCGGGCUUCUAUCAGUGGCCCUUUGAGCUCGAAUACGAUGUCACUCUCACCUCCACUACAUUGACCACCUCGCUUCACAUCACCCAUGUCGCCUCCUCCUCCUCCUCCUCCUCCUCUUCAGCGGAGCCUAUGCGCUUCCAAACCCUCCAACACACUUACCUGCACGUUCCGUCCUCCCUCUCUGCCUCGAUCUCUGGGCUGCAGGGCCAAUCUUACCUGGACAAGACGGACUCCGCCGCGACCAAGACUCUCCAAUCAGACCCCAUUGUCCUCAAUGGAAAGGAGAGCGACGCCGUCUUCCUCGGUCCCGCGCCCCCCGCGGUCGACGUCGCAUACGGUGGUGGCGAGGGAGGCGUAAGGGUAAAGCGCUCGCCGAACUGCCCGAAUACGACGGUAUGGAAUCCCGCGGAGGAGAAGGCAAAUGGGAUGAAGGACCUUCAUGAAGGGGGAUGGAAGGAGUUCGUCUGCGUGGAGCCAGGGACGGUCGUUGGCUUCGAGGAGCUGGUGGCGGGCAAGACGUUCACGGCAACUCAGACGCUCGAGGCCUUUUGACUCGCGGAGGAGAUGAGGGACUCUUCGCCUCCUCUUCGCCGCAGCGCUCAGUCACGGCCGUCGCGCAGUAAGAUGUAGCUUUGCGAUACCUCGUAUCAUCUCAGCAGCCGUGAACCAAAGCGACGUGCAACUCUGUGCGUGCCUAUCGUGUAUGUUCAUCGUUCUUUGCUUGCUCGAGGAUCGCAAGUCAGACGACGUCCACGCACCCUCUCGCCUCCUCUAUCUCGAGAGGCAUUCAGGCAAUGUUGAAGAAUGCAGACUGAGCGGAGAAGUCUCACAAGGU